AGUUUACUAUAAAUAAUAAUAGCCCCCUUCUCACCAAUCCAUAGUUACAUCAUUCACAUUGCAGUGUUGAUUAGUUUUUGGUUGGUAAAAUAAAAGAAAUAUCAUGGAAUCUAUUAUAGAAAUGAAUAAGCAGAAUGAUGGAAUCAAAGACCAUGACAUGAUCAUGUCCGAAAAUGAAGAUGUUUCAAUCAUCACUCACGUGAAGUCCGAGCCAAGGGAAUCGGAAGAAUGGCUAGAAGACAGGGCAUCUAUUAAAGAAGAAAUUGAUAAAGAAUACAGCAUGUUCUGGCUUGGCAGGCAGGAGAUUCCGGAUGAGGAACAGGAGUCGUCAUCAUCAGCUGUUCGUGGUAGUGACUCCUCUGCUGAAGAGGAGGAAGAAGGUAGCAAUGGAAAAGUGGGAGAAGAAGAUGUCAAACAAGAGAAGGUGUUAUGCAAAACUACUCUCAAAGAACCUCAUUUGUGUACAUUCUGUUCCAAAAGGUUUUCUCAUUCUUGUCGUUUAACUGUUCAUAUGCGUACUCACACAAAAGAGAAGCUUUUCCAGUGUACAGUAUGUACUAAAAGGUUCUCCAAUUCUGGUUAUUUGACUGUUCAUAUGCGUACUCACACAAAAGAGAAACCUUUCCAGUGUACAGUGUGUACUAAAAGGUUCUCCUUGUCUGGUAAUUUAACCACCCAUAUGCGUAUUCACACUAAAGAGAAGCCUUUCCAGUGUACAGUGUGUUCAAAAAGGUUCCCCGCUUCUAAUGAUUUAACACGGCAUAUGCGUACUCACACAAAAGAGAAGCCUUUCCAGUGCACAGUGUGUACUAAAAGGUUCCUCGCUUCUAGUGAUUUAACACGGCAUAUGCGUACUCACACAAAAGAGAAGCCUUUCCAGUGCACAGUGUGUACUAAAAGGUUCUCCACUUCUGGUGAAUUGACUGUUCAUAUGCGUACUCACACAAAAGAGAAGCCUUUCCAGUGUUCACUCUGUACAAAAAGGUUCCCCGCUUCUAGUGAUUUAACACGGCAUAUGCGUACUCACACAAAAGAGAAGCCUUUCCAGUGCACAGUGUGUACUAAAAGGUUCUCCACUUCUGGUGAAUUGACUGUUCAUAUGCGUACUCACACAAAAGAGAAGCCUUUCCAGUGUACAGUGUGUACUAAAAUGUUCUCUAAGUCUACAAAUUUGACUGUUCAUAUGCGUACUCACACAAAAGAGAAGCCUUUCCAGUGUACAAUGUGUUCAAAAAGGUUCUCCACUUCUAGUAAAUUGACUGUUCAUAUGCGUACUCACACCAAAGAGAAGCCUUUCCAGUGUUCAGUCUGUACAAAAAGGUUCCCCGCUUCUGGUGAUUUAACACGGCAUAUGCGUACUCACACAAAAGAGAAGCCUUUCCAGUGCACAGUGUGUACUAAAAGGUUCUCCACUUCUGGUGAAUUGACUGUUCAUAUGCGUACUCACACAAAAGAGAAGCCUUUCCAGUGUACAGUAUGUACUAAAAGGUUCCCCACUUCUGGUGAUUUAACACGGCAUAUGCGUACUCACACAAAAGAGAAGCCUUUUCAGUGUACAGUCUGUACAAAAAGGUUCUCCAAUUCUGGUUAUUUGACUGUUCAUAUGCGUACUCACACCAAGAGAAGCCUUUCCAGUGCACAGUGUGUACUAAAAGGUAGUCCGCUUCAGGUGAAUUGACUCUUCAUAAGCGUACUCACACAAAAGAAAAACCU